AUGGUCUUCUGCGGCGCCAACUUCCACGUGUCGAAAGUCCCAGUGGCGCCCACCGCCGUGCGAACGAAAGCCGAAUCAGCAGUUAAUAAUGCAGCCAGGAAAACGUCAAACAUCCGCGACUUUGCCACUGAGCUGAAGCAGCGCCUGGAGCCGACGAUGGGCGUCGGGUGGCAUAUCGUCGUGGGCGGCGACUUUGCGGUGGAUCUUCGCUACCGUGAAGGCGCAUGCGUACUGCUGUUCAGCAAAGUCGGCAAGAUGAAGGUGCUCCUGUACCGCACAGCACCGUCCGUCUCUCCUCGACCAGCCGCAGAGCACGAAGCUCUGGCACGAGAGCGUAGCGAACUCGUUGCUAAGACAAAGGUCGUGGUACUAGACAGCGAUAUGGAAGACGAGAUGGCGAAUGCAGUUAUGCAACGGACCACGAGGCUUUACAGUCACUUUGUAGCGACGGGCGAUAGCGAAAGCAAGAUCGCUGAAUCCCUCAAGCACUCGCUGACGUUCACGUACGGUCCGACGUGGCAGGUGGUCGUAACUUCCUGUCGUGAGUUUUGCUGUCUGCAUAUCGCGGAUAAGGGCUUGCACAUUGACUUCACCGUGUCAAAGCUGCGUGUUGUCGUGUACCGUCACGCUGGCACGAGCUUGGACCGCCAGCUGGAUUCGGCGCAGUUUGGCAAGCGUGUCGCGUUCGUUUUGGCCAUGAUAUGUAUGCUCCUGUACGUGUUUCUGUCCUUCGCUUCGUCCGAGACGACUACGAAAUGUGAGUCACGCAGCGACGAAAACCGCGCAGUAGACGGGGUCGUCUUACCUGAAGGUUGCUCGUCCACGGACGUGACACGCGCGAACGACCACGCGUGGUGGAAGUUUGCUGCGAUGCUGGGGAUGGUGGCUUGUACGAUGGUGGCGUCGCUGAUUCGGAUGUACGCCAAGUCGCUCAGUCCGAAGAUCAAAUGUGCAUAG